UUAGAGGAACAAUUAGUUUUUGAUGAAAAACCUUACCAAGAAGAUGUAUCUCAUGAGGUUUUUGAUGUAAUGGAUGUUGAUGUAUUGCCCUCAUUGGAAAGGGACGAUAUGAUGCAAUUAGAACGUUUUAACGUUGACAAUAUACUGUGUGAAGAGCCAAUAGAGAGGUUAUAUAAUGAAGAUGAUAAUUUCUUGAGUAAAAUCUACAUAUAG